AUUAUAGAAACGGAGUCCUUUUCCCCACUGGGCUUGAUUUCUAGUAUGGGAAACCCCGCCUUUCUGGAAUACUGAUUGGUUGAACUCUUUUUGAGAUAAUUUAUGCCGGCAUCCUCCCAGUCUGAUUGGCUCCUCAGCUCAGUUCUGCUGGGAGUUGCAUCCUACCUGGUUCGGAGGUGUACUGCUUUUCCACAGUCUUGUACUCAGCGGGCUGCUGCUGAGGCAAGAGGCAAACUCUGCGCUUGGGGACUGAGCUAGUGGAGGAGGGACCAUAAAAGCGACUUGAUGGGUUCUAGGAAAGCCUCCCUCUUUCCUUCUCUCCUGUGGAGUCAAACUAGAGGCGUGAGGUUGAUAUUCUUGUUACUAACCCUGCAUUUGGGAAACUGCGUUGAUAAAGCAGAUGAUGAAGAUGAUGAAGAUUUAACUAUGAACAAAACAUGGGUCUUGGCACCAAAAAUUCAUGAAGGAGAUAUCACACAAAUUCUUAAUUCAUUACUUCAAGGCUAUGACAACAAACUUCGUCCAGAUAUAGGAGUGAGGCCCACAGUAAUUGAAACUGAUGUCUACGUAAACAGCAUUGGACCCGUUGACCCCAUAAACAUGGAGUACACAAUAGAUAUAAUUUUUGCCCAAACCUGGUUUGACAGCCGUUUAAAGUUCAAUAGCACCAUGAAAGUGCUUAUGCUUAACAGCAACAUGGUGGGCAAAAUUUGGAUUCCUGACACUUUCUUCAGGAACUCAAGAAAAUCUGAUGCACAUUGGAUAACAACACCUAAUCGCCUGCUGCGGAUUUGGAGUGAUGGAAGAGUGCUGUACACUCUACGAUUAACAAUUAAUGCAGAAUGUUACCUCCAACUUCACAACUUUCCAAUGGAUGAACAUUCGUGUCCACUGGAAUUUUCAAGCUAUGGAUACCCUAAAAACGAAAUUGAGUACAAGUGGAAAAAGCCCUCUGUGGAGGUGGCUGAUCCCAAGUACUGGAGAUUAUAUCAGUUUGCAUUUGUAGGGUUACGAAAUUCAACUGAAAUCUCUCACACAAUCUCUGGAGAUUAUAUCAUCAUGACUAUAUUUUUUGACCUGAGCAGACGCAUGGGCUAUUUCACAAUUCAGACAUACAUUCCGUGCAUUCUAACGGUUGUUCUUUCUUGGGUGUCUUUUUGGAUCAAUAAAGAUGCAGUACCUGCCAGGACAUCCCUUGGUAUCACUACGGUUCUGACUAUGACAACCCUCAGUACAAUUGCCAGAAAAUCUUUACCUAAAGUUUCUUACGUGACAGCAAUGGAUCUCUUUGUCUCUGUUUGUUUUAUUUUUGUGUUUGCUGCACUGAUGGAAUAUGGAACCUUGCAUUAUUUCACUAGCAACAAUAAAGGAAAAACCAAGAGAGAAAGGAAGAAUAAAAACAAGACUGCGGUAUCUCCAGGUCUCCACGCUGGAUCCACUUUGAUCCCCAUGAACAGCAUUUCUCUGCCUCAAGGAGAAGAUGACUAUGGCUACCAGUGUUUGGAGGGCAAAGACUGUGCUAGCUUUUUCUGUUGCUUCGAAGACUGUAGAACUGGGUCCUGGAGGGAAGGGCGGAUACACAUACGCAUUGCCAAAAUUGACUCCUAUUCCAGAAUCUUCUUCCCAACAGCUUUUGCCUUGUUCAAUCUUGUUUACUGGGUUGGAUAUCUUUACUUAUAAAUUCUAUUAAUAGAUAAAAAUCAUAAAAGUCUGGCUUAGUCCAAUGUAAUCAUUUUGAAUUCAGUAACACGAUGUUUAAAUUGAAAAUGAAAUUCCACUGGUUAAAGUCUGAACGGUACAGUUUUAAGAUUAGCAUUUUCAUAAGUAAGUAAGACAGAAGUGUUCAGGCUAAUUUAGCUAAAUGGACAUGAAAUUGUCAAAUACAGCACACUGAAAUCGUAACAUAUAUUUUUACUUUAAUUUUCUUUAUUUUGCUUGGAUAUUAUUAAUAUGUGGAUUUAAUAUUUCUGUAAGACAUAUUUUGAAUAUGACAUAAUUUUCAUAACUAUUUUAUUUAAAUGUAUCUAUUGUUUAUAAUGAAAGACUAAUGCCCAAAAUUAAGGCAUUCUUUACCUAGAUUGGUCUUUAUUUUGUUUUUAUUUCUUGCUUUCUAUUUGGUCUGAUUGGGAUAUAGUUUGUUUAAAGCAAAGCCAUGAUUUCCUUGGAUAAUAUUUCCAAGGUAUGUUACUCCUUAGAAGAAAAUAAUGUGUGUAUUAAUUACAUUUUACAUAAUUUCUCUUGUGAACUGACUGUUUGUAAUUGCAUAUGUUUCUAUAUUUAAAUGUUGUCUUAUGUUUGAAAUGUAAAACAAUUAAAUCAAGCCAUUUGGCAAUUACAGUUUCUAAAAUGGCCAAUUUUUAUCUCUAAUUCAGUUGAUUUCUUGCUCAGAUAUUAAACAGAAGUCAAGCCACAUUUAAUUUGAGAACUUUUAAUCUAGGAUGGAAAACACUAAAGUCAAUUUUUGUUUUGCUUGUAAUGCAAGGUAAAGAAAAAUAAUAAAAUUACUUUCUGCCUUGUAGGAUUUAUGAGGUACAAAGAGGUUAACAUUAAAAUGUUAAAAUGUAACAACAAUGAAAUCAAAUGGGAAAUGUUCUGUUUUUUCUUUACUACAAAAGAGUUUCAGAAGUUCAAAAACACAUUGAAAAAAAGUGCUUGACUUAAUGGGGCUUGAAGAAUCUUCUGGCACACUAAGAUGGCUUGUCUUGAGAAUACAACUUAAAUCCAUACUACUGACAUUUUAUAGAGCAGAUGUAUUUGGGAAAUCUUGUCAAAAACUAUUUAUCUACCCACCGAUUUCUGAGCUGACUUUUACAACUGUAUUAUAAUCACUGUGCUCUUUGUUUUAGACAUGUGGGGAGCCUCAAAAUUCAUUUUACAAAUGGACCUUGUGAGAGGCAGUUGAAAUGACCU